UUUCAACAUGGCGACUGGAAGCGAUAUCGAAAUGAAAGAUUAUUGAAUGACACGCAUUUAUUAUUAGGUGUUUCAUUUCAAACUCUUUUCGUAUAUUUUGAAGUAAAUCUGGACAAAGGAUAGGAUUUCUUCAAACAAUCGCUGUUAUGCAAAAGGUAGAAAGUAAAUGGAGAUGUCGACUGAAAACAAUGAUACCUCAGGCACUUCCGUUACAGAAGUAGCUCCAACUCCGGCAGUUAAUAGCGGUGUAUCCAGUUCUGAAACUCCAGCCAAUGGUGUGGAACACACCGAUGUCAGCUGGCCAACAGAGGAUAAGAAUCCUUUCAGUGGGUUUUCCGAGGAGCAUUUGAGCAAACUAGACGAGUUUCUUUCUUCAGAAGAGGCCAAGAAAAUCUUGCAGCAGACAUCUGAGGGUGAUUUCUCGAGCACGAUGGCUCAGCUGGAAACCGCCCCGCCAUCCACUACAGCAGAGGUCCUGGGAGAGGAUCUACUAAAAAUGCUGGAUAAUGGAAACACACAUUCAACUAAUUUGGAUCAUCCUUAUUGUGUGAAAGUGUCCAAGCCGAAUAUUGCAAAUGCUGUGACAACUAACUCUAAAGUAGUAGUUGUACCCAAUCCUGGAGUUCAGUCAUCAGUGGUGCCACCUCUCACUGUUGAAGCCACAAACACAAGCACCACCCCAACCACCUCCCCAAGGAAAUCAGCGAGAAUUUCUCUUCGUCGAGACCCAGAGGGAGAGUCAAAGGAGGAGAGUGAGGCAGAGUCUUCUACUACUGGCUUCGUAGGAGCAGUGCAUCCUGGGAUUGUUCAGCCUGGAUUUGUGGGAGCAGUGCAUCCUGGGAUAGUUCACCCUGAACAUGCUGGUGUAGGAAGAGGAAGGGGACGGGGCAGGAGGAGUCUAAUACCUGAAGACACACCCACUAAUAUUAGGAGAUCUAGUCGAGUGAGUGAUAAGGAACAGAGGGACUUAGCAGAGAAGAUCAGACAGGAGAAUCUCCUACAGGAAAAGGCAGCCUUAGAGGCACUGAGGAAACAAGAGGAACCAGAGGAAGAGACCGUUAAGACGGGGCCAAGAAGAGGAAGACCUCCAAAGACUGAGGCCUUAGACACCUCAGAAUCAGCACCUCGAGGCAUUAAAGCCUCAGUAGCCAAGAAUAAGAGGGGGAGGAAAUCCCAGCAAGAAUCUCAGAAUGAAGAGGAGAGCAGUGAAGAUGAAAGCAUCACUCCUAAAAGAACCUCUGCCAGGAAUGCAAGGGGGAGAAAAGGGAAAAAGUCUGAAGAGGAGACAGAAGAAUCUUCAGCAACAGACACAGAUAAAAACAGCAAAGGAAAAGGGAAGAAACAGCAGGAUUCUGAGGUGGAGGAACCUCCAGUCCGGAGAGGAAGAAGAGGGAAGAAGGACCAGGCGACAGACAGUGAAGCUGAGUCCCCGAAGGAGCAGGGGAAGAGGCUGACCAGGAGUGGGAUGAGGGACCAGUCAGACACAGACAGCACUCCUCAGAAGGGGAAAAAAGGAAGGAAAAAGGGGAAAGGAAAGGAAGAGGAGGUGGAGGAAAAGGAAAGUCCUAAAGGAAAGAAAAAAGGAAAAGGGAAAAUGAAGGAAGAAGAUUCUUCAGAGAGUGAGGAUGAUGUGCCUUUGAAGGAUAUUAAAAAGAAUAAAGGAAGCCCGAGUGAAAAGUCGCCCAAAAAGAAAGGGAAAGGACAGGGUGAGGAGGAGAGUGAUGAGAAAUCAGACUCGGUAAAAACCUCAGUCCCACAAACUCCAGGGAAGAAACUAGCUCAAGAUAAAGACUCUGAGGAUUCCCCAAGGAGUAUUUUUAAAAUGUUUGAAAGUGGAUUAAUUCAAGAGGGACAACAGGAGACUGUUGAAGUUUCCCAGCCUGUUGUUUCCUCUCUUGUGACAGAGGUGUUGGAACUGCCCAUUACCACUGGUAAAAAAUCAGAACAAAGUGGAGACCAAACACCUGCAGAUGUGGACGCAGCAGGAACAAGUGAUCAAACGAAUGCGAAUGAUUCUGGGGAAUCAGAACAGCUCACAUUGGAAGUCGAAGCCAAAGUAGAGGAAGUUAAUUAUGAGGAUUUUAUAACAUCUAUGGGAGAACCCAAAGUUACUGCCAAGAAGGAGACAGCAGACAGUGAGACAAAACCUAAGCCUGUGAAAAAGAAACCGCGGAAAUCAGAGGAAGUCAAGGUAGAUCAGAGCAUGUUAGAUUUGUUCAAACCUGACUUGGAUGUGUCCAGCAAAAGAAAGGGCAGUGUGAGUGGGAAAAAAGAGCUGCCUUCAGCUACAGAAACAGCUAAAUCAGGGGAAAAGACAAGUGACGCUAAGAGAAAACUGUCGGUUUCUGAUAAAGGUUCAAGUCAUAAAUCUGCAGAUACUGGAAAACCCAAGAAAGACACUGGAACAGAGAAGAAUCAUAAAGAUUCUAAAGACACGGCAAUAGAGAAGAGUCGCAAAGAUUCUGAAAAGGAAACAUCAUCUCAUGAAAGAAUUCGCAGAGAUUCUGAAAAGGAAAAGAUUAAAAGGGAUGUGAAGAAAAGUAGUACUCAUGUUAAAAAAGAGAAAGAUAAAAGUGAAAGUGGUGAUAAAAAAGACAGUAAAGAUGUUAAGGUAGGUAAAGUGGAUAAGAAGGAAAAAUCUGACAAAGAAUCUAAAACAGCAGAAAAGAGUGCCAUAAAGAGUGAAAGUUCAGAAACAAGUGAAGACACAGAGAAACAAAAACAAGUGAAAAUAGACACAAAAGAAGAGAAAGUUAUAAAAGAGGGUGAAAAACUGACAGUGAAGGAUUCAGAUGUAAAGAAAACAAAGGAUGAAAGUGCUGAUGUUGAGGAAAAAGACUCAAUGAAAAGUAAAUCAUCUCUUAGUGAAAACAAAGAAGAAACACAAGGAGAAAAUGAAUCUCUUCCUGAUGAUAAAGCAAUUGAUAAAAAGGAUACAGACACUGAUCAGGAGAAAAAAGUCACUGAGGGAAAAAUAACACAAACAGAGGAAGUGUCUGAAAGUGUGGAGAAGACAGAGGAAACUAAAACACCACCCAGUGAAGAUGUGGAGGCUUCUCCUGGUGGGCGGGCUCAGAGGAAGGCGAAGCUGAAAUUCCUCAGGGAAAAGCUGCCUGAAAUGACUGAGAAAGAGAAAAGACCAAUCAAAAAGAAGCAAGUCAAGGAGAAAAAGCCAGCCGAAGAGAAAGAGAAGGAGGUGGACAGUGAUGACAGUGAUGAGUUAAGCUUUGAGGAUGAUGAGAAUGACUCGGAUUAUGAGGCCCCAGGAGAAAAAUACUGCAUCUGUAAACAGCCCUAUGGCAAGAGGUUUAUGAUCUGUUGUGACACCUGUGAGAACUGGUACCAUGGUUCCUGUGUUGGCAUCACUAAAGCUCAGGGGAAAGAGAUGGAGAAGAAUAAUGAAGAGUAUCUGUGUCCUCCUUGUAAAGAAAAGCAGGCUGGUGGCAAGGAAGAAUCUGCUCAGCCUGCAGACAGCACAGUGUCCAGUGAUAAAGAGGAGAAACACAAGAAAGGAACCAAAGAGGAGAGACCGGGAAGUGGGGAGAAGAGGAAGGAAGGAGAUCCUGAGAGACACAGGAAGGGGGAGAUGGCAGGAAGGAGGGACUCGGACAGGUCUGAUGAGGGGAAAGGCAAGAGGAAGGCGGAGCAUCACACCGAGUCCCCCCUCAAAAAACUCAAGGAGGUAAAACUUGAGGGAAGCAAGUCCUCCACUCAUGUACGGCCUAGUGAUGAGAAACGCAGGCAUUCCCUGGAUUCCAAGUCUCACUCCAAGAUAACACCCACAAAAGAGAGAUCUCACUCCACUUCAAAAGACAGAAAUCACGGGGAGAAAAAGUCUGAGUCAGUGAAGAAGGACAUUGCAGCUCAGAGAUGUGUGAAUACUCAGUGUAACAAGUAUGCCAAGAGAGAGUCUGUUUACUGUGGUACGGAUUGUAUACAUCAGCACGCCAAAGACUCUCUGAGAGCACUCAAUAGAUAUGACGCAAAGCGGGGAAAAACUCACGGUCCCCUCUGGCGUGUUCCUGUUAGGGAGAGGAAGACAGGGAGGGUGUACACUGGUACUAACGCUCCACUGGAGAGUGUACUCAUCACCUGGCUCCUACAACACCCCACGUUUGAAGUGAUCCACCCCAAAAGCUCAGCCAGUGGAGGUCAUGGUAAAUCCAAAGAUCAUCAUAAAGAGAAAUCCAAGCAUCAGAAGUCCCCCGCUCACCAUGACAGCAAGGAUAAACACCACAGCAGUAAAGACAAGCACGGUGACAGUAAAGACAGACCCAGUCACAGUGGUCCAGCCCUGGAUAAGGUGUCUGAGGAGGCUAAAGGCAAGAAAGAGGACGGGCCCGAUGUCGUCCGUCUCAAUGUCAGGAAGUCACUCAGAGACGCACUAUUAAACAGGGCUGAGGGAGCUGAUGACGUGAUGUUGUCGACUAUUGAGAUUCGAACCAUCGCGCUGAAGAUAGAGGAGGAGCUGUUUGCUGUGUUUCAGGAGACAAGUCACAAGUACAAGGCCAAAUACAGGAGCCUCAUCUUCAACAUCAAGGACUCAAGGAACCAGGGUUUGUUCCGUAAGAUCCUGAAUGGGCACAUAAAGCCCAGUGAAUUGGUAAAAAUGACUCCUGAUGAGCUGGCAUCCACCAAAGCUGCUAAAAAGAAUACAUAGCCAAAUCAACUUGAGAUGAUUGAGGCCGUGGAGAAAGAGCACAUGAUGGAGGGACAACACAUCGUGAAGAAAACACACAAAGGCGAGAUUGAUAUGGACGAAGAUCUCAGCACACUGGAGGAUAAAGGAGUAGGGCGAGAGAAGAAGCAUGAUACCUCACAGGAAGAAGAGGCUAACACGGAAACCUCGGACGUCAUCACCGACACCACCGGGCAACAUAAACUUCACGUGUUUGACCUCAACUGUAAGAUCUGUACGGGGAAGGUGGCACCACCGGUGGAGGAGACCACCCCGAAAAAGGAGGUGACCGUUGCCAAAAAAGUCGAGGACUCACCCAAGAGUGUUAAAGAAAAGGCGAAGCAUAAGAAAACAGAGGAAGAGCAGAAGAAAGCCGAGAUGGUUGUAAAAGAAGUCCUAAAGGCCAUCCAGAAAGCUAAGGCUGAGGUGCCACUGGCCGACUCUACCGUCACAGUCAGAUCCCCUGAUUCGGCCCUGCAGUCCGGUCUAGAGAAGCCAAAAUUCACCCCGUCUGGGCCUCAGCUGUGGAAGGGGUUCAUCCAGAUGCAGGAUGUGGCCAAGUUUGUAACCACAGCUUAUCCAGUGUCAGGACAUGCAGACAAACAGGAUCUACCAGACACAAUCCAUGUAUGUGGAAGAAUUGGACCAGAACAGAUCUGGGAUUACCUGGCAAAAAUGAAGAAAGUAGGAUCAAAAGACAUAGUUAUUCUGCGGUUCAUCCCUGGGGGAGAUGAAGAGAAGACUCAUUAUAUAAACCUGUACUCCUACCUGAACAGUCGAGCCCGCUGUGGGGUGGUGGGAAACAAGGCUAAACACAUCAAGGACUUCUACAUCCUCCCCCUCGCCUCACACAGUCAGAUCCCCUCCGUACUCACCCCGUUUGAUGGCCCAGGAUUGGAGGAUAAUCGUCCCCAUAUGUUACUGGCAAUCAUGGUCAAACAAAAGCAAAAACGUCACAGUGACCAUGAUCAUCACCAUGACAGCAAGAAAUCCAAACACGAUUACGAACAUCAUCGUAGUAAGAGCAGCAGCAGUAAAUCUUACGUCCCUCCAAGCUCCAAAAUCCCAUCUAAAGAUUCCUCCAGAUCUACUAACAAGUCUUAUUAUGAUUCUUCAUCAUCUGAAACAAGCACCCCUAAGUCAGGGGGUGGCACCCCCAAAGUUCCCCCCAAUGCUGGAACCUCUACGGAGAAAAGUGACCCAAUCAUAAAGGCCUAUGGAAAAGGGGCAGGACUUGUAGAUGAUGAUAAUGAUCAAGACAGCAGGGCGUCUGCAGAGGAUAUUCCUUAUGAUCCGGAGGACGACUCCCAGCUCCCGUACAAGAAAGCCAAGGUAGACCGACAGGACAAGAAACCUCCGGAGAAGCCAUCACCAACCUCUGUAACAGAUCUUAUAGCCAGGAUUUCUAAGUGCAAUACACCGGCGGAGUCCACCGCCCUCACUGUGGCAGCUCUCGCCACGCUCAAGUCCACGCAGGAAAAGAGACGAUUUCUCCUGGACCUCACUUCUAAAGUUGAGGAACAGAAGAAACUGUUGGAGAAGAAGGAAGUGGCCAAAUUAACGGCCAGAACUUUAGUGUCGGCAAUUUACGCCAUCAGUGCCGCUUCCAAAGCCUUGAUUCCUGCCGCUAAAGCAGCAGCCAAAAUAAAAUCUCCAACUGUGUCGCAAACAGCAACAUCUACCACAGAGUCUCCACAAGCAAGUACAGAUUCUAAACCUGCUGCAGCAGUGGAGACGUCUAGCCAGGAACAAAGUGUAGUGUCUGAAAGCUCUGAAGCUACACAGACUCCUGAUGUUAUGAAGGAGACCAAGUCUGUAUCAUUCUCAUCAGAAGUAACGGUGACACAUGUGGCAGCAGCAGAGUAUACUCCAGAGGAGAUGGAGUCUGCUCAGGAUGUGGACAUGCGGAUUGGCACACAGCCACCAGUAUUAAGUAAACCCAGUGAAGAAAAUAAAGCUAGUUCAGACAUCAGUGUGACUCCACCAAGCUUCUAUGUGGAAAAUCAUGUUUUAUCAAAGCAAGAGACUCCUUCGUCAGAGGAUGCUAGUAAAUCUGUGAAUCCUUCAGAAAUGCCUGAGGCUCUGAAAUCUUUGUUCUCAAUUAUUCCUGGUGCGAACUAUAAUUACAUGAGCAAUAUCAAAGACAAAAGUGAUGUGGGAUCAAAGGAAACAGGCAAAGUGGAAUCUUAUUCCACAUCUACUGGACAGACAUCCACUUCACAGAAAGUGGAAGAAGAGGAUCAGGUGGAGAAAAAGAACAUGUUUAAUGUGUCCCUUCUGGACUUUGAUUAUGGAGAUUCAGACAGUGAUGGAGAGGAUUCUCCAAAAACUCCUAAAAAAGAACAAAAGACUCAAGAACAGGACACUCUCAGUGAUUCAAAGGAAAUGAAAGCCAAGAAGGAGGAAUCAGAUUCAGAAUCAAAAGACACUAAGGAAAGGGAUAGAGAAUUAAUGCCACCUCCACCUUUGCCAGUGGGCCUGGUGAAGGACAAUGGAGCACCACCCCCUCCAGAGUCAGAUUUACCUCCUUUACCCCCAGAGCCUCCUCCCCCUCUCCCUGAACACGAGCCAGAGGAGGAAAUCCAAGAGGACAAUAAAAAGAAGAAAAAGAAAGCUCCAAAGCCCCCUCCAGAAAUCGUUCUUACUCCCGUCAACCCAGUUGGCAAAGCUAUAUUGCAAGCUACUUAUCAGAAACUGGAACAUGAGAAAAUUCACCAAAUGAAUGUUCCCCCGCCUCCCUUGCCCCCUCUGUCCCUUGCCCCAACAGGUGUUCCCCCUCCUACAGGUGUGCCUCCUCCUACAGGUGUGCCCCCUCCUACAGGUGUGCCCCCUCCUAUGGGAUUACCCCCUCCCACUGGAGUCCCUCCCCCUAAUAUACCCCCAAUGUCAUCCAAUGCUUCAAACAUGCCAGGACCAUCACCACCAAUUAUGCCAGUUUCAGGGCCUCCACCUCCAUUUUUGCCUACUUCAGGGCCACAGCCAGGAUUGCCUCUGUUAUCUGGGCCCCCUCCUCCUAUAUCUGGUCCACCCAUUUCUUGUCCCACACAGACUAUGGCCUUGCCUGGACCUUCACAGUCUGGGAUGCCUCCCCUUGGGCCUCCUCCCAUGCCACCCAAUUCCAUGCCCUUACCUAUGCCUUUGGGUGGAGGUCCAGAGGGGCCACCACCAAUUCAGGGUGGUCCCCAUAUGUCACCCAUGGAGGACCGUCACAGACCAUACAGACAGCACACAGAAAAAGGAUAUGCUGGUAAGCCCCAGUGGGAGGAUACAAGCUUGGUGGAUGAGGCCUUGACCUUACCGUUAGAGGACCAGGAUUUUAGAGAUAGGGACUUCAGACAUGGGGAAGAUGUGGAUGAAAGAAAACAACCUUGGAAAGGUCAGAGACAAAAGUUCCCGCCCCCCUGGGCACAGGAUGUGGACCACAGACACAAUCAGGACACAGGCCCCCCACCUUCUCUGGGGUCCGAGGACAGGGAUUUCAGACAUUACCCCCAUGGUGGGGACCUCGACUACAGAUCUAGAGACUAUCCCAAGGACGAUAGGCGGGAUGAUAGGGUGGAGUAUGAGGAAGACCAAGACUACAGGGCACAAGAGAGAGGGCAUCAUAGGCGGCGGAAAAAACGACGACACAGCCCAGAGCAUUCGUUGUACAAAAAAUCCCGACAUCACGACAGAGACAAGCAUUAUCACAGGCAUGAGGACAAAGAUGAUCGGGGGAAGAAGGAGGAGAAAAGUUCUCAACAGAAAAAGGAAACUGAAUUACCCAAGCCUGUGCCUCCACCAGGGGUGGUUCCUACAAGUGAUCCUCCACCUGGAGGGAAAUCGGGACACUCCUCCCACAGGGGCCCCCCUCCCCGGAUACAGCCCGCCCCGCCAGGGGUGGAUGACUGGGAGUAAUUGUCACACUUAUAUAUCUAUCAUGUCUCAAGCUUAUUGUUGUUCUUUAAUUGUUGUGAUUCAGCCAUGUGAACAACUGUGAAGAUAGUAUUAUAUAUUAUAUUCCUAACUUAAGUUUUUGGAAUAAGAUGGUAAAGUAUCAUCAUUAUUGGUAUAUUUUUCAUAAUUUACUUGCUUACUGCAAGUUAUGUAAAACAAUUGAAGAAAACAUAUUUACAUGUCCAAAGGAAGGAUUGGAAGUGUUGUACCUGAAUGAAAAUUUUGUUUAAUAAUUAAAAAAAUUAUGGAGGAUUCUGAUUUUGAAAUUGCAUUGUAGACUAAUAACAGUCUACAUGGCUAUGUAUAUGAACAAUUAAUUUCUUUCUCUGUUAUUGAAAUGAUGUUAUUUUUAAGAUGUUAGAUACAAUCAUGAAAUUAAUAUCACAAUGUAUUUUUGUGUCCUAAUUUUUAUCACUUGUUAAAUGGCAUUAUCAGUUCAAACGUUUAUAUAUAUACCCACAGCAUAGAAAAACAGGAAAUUACAGAAGCUAAAUGAUACUCAAGAAAGAAAAAUCAUAGCACAUUGUUGACUCUGGAAUAAAAUUUAAACUUCCCCAUUUUAUUUUUAAAAUCUAGAAAAUGAAGGUGUACAUCAAAUUGCAAGGUGGUUCUGAAAAGCGUUAAAUAAUCUUGCAGCAAUUUACCCUGUAAUUUCUUUGGUUAAUAACUAUAACAAGUUGAUUCUUUAUAGAAAGAAUUCAUAUUUAUGCUUAACUUUUAGCUCAUCAGAGCUGAAGGUCUUAGUCUUGUUCAUAAGUCAGAUUAUCUGUCUGUGCAUUGCCUGUAGAUUUUUCUUCUUAUUUAACUCCUUCACAAUCAAUUUUUAACCAAUUUAGGCUCAGGUCCUAGGAUAUAGGAGUUCAGGAUUUUCAAAUGAGAGGUCUUACCCCUAAUCAAGAGAAGGUUGUAAAACAAUAGGAUAAUAGAGUACUGGGGGUUAAAAAAAUGAAGAGAAGACUUAAUUAUAGUAUCAAAUCUGCAGUGCUGUAAGAAUUCCCAUGAAUUGUAGAUUCUUUUCAAAGCUUAGGCUAGGUAGAGGUCCAAAUUUAAGUUAAAAAAAUACAUGAAGUUUUCAUAUUUUAAUAAAAAUUACAUGUUAGUAAAACAGCAAUCAUCAAAUUCUGAUUUUCCAAACAUCCUUUUGAAAUGUUUCUUCCAAUUGUACUCAUCUGAGCACAUGGACGCAGGACUACAGUAGAUGUUCAGAAUUUAGUUGUAAAGAUUGAUUUCACAUUGAAUGUUUCCUACUCAGCCAGUAUGUGUAAUUUCAUUGACCAAGAUAUCAAUGUCUUGCAAUCUGACUAUAAAAGUUAAUAUAUAUCCAAAGACUUUUAUUGCCAUUGUUAUUAUUUACAAAAUGUUCAUUUGGUAGAUGUAAAUAUUUAUAUUUCAUAUGGCAGUUCAAUUUUAUGCUGCUUACGACUGUGACUUAAUGCAUUAAUAAUGUUUAUUCCAACAAAAAAAGACCUAUAUAUAUCGUAUUUCCUCCAAGUUUAAUAUGGCAUUUUAGACACUAUUAAGACUUUUCAGUGUUCACUUCUAUUUUAAUGAAUUAGAUAUAAGAGAAUUUAUCAUGUGUAAGGACUUGCAUCCUUUGCAUUUAUAUCAUUUUUCAUGUAUACUGAUGUACUCAAUAUGAGUUUUAAGCUUUGUUUUUCAUUUGACUGUUGAUGAAUUUGUUUCAUUGGAUAGAGUACUUGUUGAAAUGUUUUAGUUGCGAUGAUUGGGUUUUGAACAUACCUUGUACAUGGUAAAUAAAGGAAUUGAAAACCAG